GGGGAGGAAAAAGGAAGAAGCACGAGCAUGAGCACUGCCUCAUCUAUGCCUUCUAAUUCACCUUUGGCCAGCUAUUUCCAUGGGAGAUCUUUUCUUGCUCUACUCAUCGUGAUGCUGACGGAGGUUUGGUUCCGCACAUCACAGGGGAGGGAGAUCCGCAACACUAAUCCAUCCACAAUGCCGCAGCGGACACAAACGGGGUUCAUGCACCCAGCCGGACCAUCACUACAAAGCUUUCAGGUGAAAGAAUCAACACGACAAGCUGAGCGAAGUACCCUUGAUGAAUGCUGCUGCUUCUUCUUACGCUGUCGCAGGUGCAGAGGCACAGGAGAUGUUCCCUCUCUGGCGAUGACCCAUCAUCAUCACGUUCCUUCUCUCUCCAUCCACCGCCUCUCUGGCGGCUGCCGUCCUCCGUGGCCCACACCACCGCCUUGGGUGCCAAGGUGCGUCGUCAGAAGCAGCAGAAGACGACAGAGAAGAAGAAGGACCGCGACGACCGGCUCGAGAUUGACGGAUCCGUCGCCGAGUGCCUGCCGGGAGGACAGUUCCUCGUCGAACUCGACGGCACCGGGCAGAAGGUGACUUUGACAUGAUUCCUUUCUCCAUCACGCUCGCUGCCUGGGUGUGAUGUCUGUGUUUGUUGCUGUAGGUGGUGUGCACGAUAGCGGGCAAGAUGCGCAUCAACCGGAUCAAGAUCCUGCUGGGUGACCGUGUGACGGUGGAGAUGACGCCAUACGACCUCACCAAGGGCAGGAUAUCAUUCAGGUACAGAAAAGGCCAGAUCAAGCGAGAGGCUGAGGAGGGCGAGGAGGAGGGCGGAGAGGAGGGGGAGGCGGGACGGCCGAAUGAGUGAGAGAGCGAAUGAGUGGAUGUGUGUGAGUGACGGAGGCAUUUUGAUCCGUUUUGAUGUGCGUGUCUGUGUGGGUGUGUUCCUUGAUUGCGUGUGUGGUGUAUUUUUCACAGCUGCCGCCGGCAGCUUCCAUGGUGUGUGGUGCAUGCAUGAUGCAUAGACGGAUGUUGACUGUACAGACAGACACCUUCCCUCCAUGUGUUUCACCAGUGGGUUGCGAAUGCAGCCGUCAGUCAUGUGGACUGGACACGAGUAUCUUUGAAUACCACUGCGAU